GGCUUGAUGCAUGCAUUUUGUUUGUGUUUAUAUCGCGUCGUAUUCGAAUGGCUUCAUUUAUUUUGUGAGAGUAGGUAAUUUUGCCAAAACUAUUUGAUUUUUUUCACUGAAUCAUUGUACAAAUUUAUAUUAUCAACAAUGAAUCUUCAACUGCUUGAAUCAUUCGGUCAAAACUACCCGGAAGAGUUCGACGGUUCGCUGGACUGUAUCUCUUUAGCGGUGACGUGUGCCUUCAACAAGUACGGAACGCUGCUGGCCGUGGGUUGCAACGAUGGCCGCAUCGUUAUUUGGGACUUUCUGACGAGAGGCAUCGCAAAGAUUAUUUCCGCCCACGUUCACCCGGUGUGCAGUUUGUGUUGGUCCCGGAACGGCCACAAGCUACUGUCGGCAUCGACGGAUAACAAUGUUUGCAUCUGGGACGUGAUGAGUGGAGACUGUGAGCACAAGUAUCGGUUUCCGUCGCCGAUAUUGAAGGUCCAGUUCCAUCCGCGAAACGACAAUAAAUUUCUCGUUUGUCCUAUGCGUUAUGCUGCGGUUCUGGUGGACAUCGGAGGAAAGCAUCAGUGCUUGCCACUGGACAAUGAUGGAGAUCUCAACAUCGUAGCAUCAUUUGAUAGACGAGGCAUCCACAUUUACUCUGGCAAUGCGAAGGGUAAAAUUCUUGUAAUGAAUUCGAACACAUUGGAGAUCGUUGCGAGUUUCAAGAUAGCGGUAGGAACUUCCAGUGCAACAGCUGUGAAAAGUAUAGAGUUUGCCAGAAGGGGAGAAGCUUUUCUUGUAAAUACCUCUGAUCGUGUGAUACGAGUUUAUGACUCUAAAGAAGUUGUUGCUUGUGGCAAGGAAGGGGAACCCGAACCCAUCCAAAAACUUCAGGAUUUGGUUAACAAGACUACGUGGAAGAAGUGCUGCUUUUCUGGUGAUGGAGAGUACAUUUGCGCUGGAAGUGCCCGCCAACACGCUUUGUACGUGUGGGAGAAAUCCAUCGGAAAUUUGGUGAAAAUCCUGCACGGUACUAAAGGAGAGUUGUUAUUGGAUGUAGUUUGGCACCCGGUUCGUCCCAUUAUUGCCAGCAUAAGUUCGGGACUGGUUUCGAUUUGGGCUCAGAAUCAGGUGGAAAACUGGUCUGCAUUUGCUCCCGAUUUCAAAGAACUUGACGAAAAUGUGGAUUACGAAGAGCGGGAGUCGGAGUUCGACAUUACCGACGAAGACAAAUCAGUUGAUUUGGCUGCCGAAUCCAAACAGGACGAAGAGGUAGAGGUUGAUGUGGUUUCCGCUGAGCCGAUUGCUGCCUUCUGCUCAUCCGAUGAAGAAUAUGAAGAUGAACAUGCGCUGCAGUUUCUGCCUAUCGCUCCCGAAGUGGAAGAUCCGGAAGAUGGCUGGGGUUCACAGGACAACUCCGAUCCGCUGGCGACGGGAUUCAACAAUAACUCGGGUCAUGAUUCUAUGUCGCUGAAGGAAAAUGAGCCUGCUUCUAAGAAAAGGAAGGCGAAUUCUUAUGAAAUAGCUCUCGACAAUGCACCGAUUGAAGAUGUACACCCUUUGAACCAAAAUAAAGCCAACAAAGACAAGGUUACGGCAGCGAGUAGGAAAGCAGCUGGUAGACCGAAGAAAUAGGAUAACUAUUAGGUACGUAAUUCGGCUUAUAUACUGUUUCGUUUAACGAUCAAGAAAUCAAAUUCAUGAUCAAGGUUUACUGUAGAAAUCUUGCGAAUUUUAUUAUAUUCAUAAUAGAUAGGUAAAACAUUGUGCACAACCGGUUUGUAAAUAUACAUUUCCAUUCCUUA